AUGGACUCGGGGGAGAUACCUGCUGCACUGACCCACGUGUAUGACGCGUCAGCCGAGCGGGCACACCGCCUGAUCUCAAGACUGCAAAAAAAGCCGCAGCUUGUUGCAAACCACCACCUGCUGUCCUCCCAGAGCAUAGACCUGGUGGUGGAGGCGGCAUCCCAGGAUGCGGUGAGGGAUGCGGCGCUAAGCGUGCUGCAGAACAGAAAAGAUCUCAUGAUCAUGAGCGCCGGGGCCCUGCUUGACGAGUCGGUCUUUGCGGUUCUGGAGGACGCGUGCAGGGAGUUUGGAAGGACCAUCUACCUCCCCUCCGGUGCCAUUGCGGGACUUGACGGGCUUGCGUCUGUUCGGUCCGAGCUGGAGGAGGUCACGCUUACCACCACAAAGCACCCCGACUCUCUCCGGGGAGCCAAGUUCUUCGCGGCCCACGACAUGUCCGCCGAUGAGAUCACCAAGCCCACAACCAUAUUCCGCGGCCCGGCCCGGAACGCAGUCUCCAUGUUCCCUGCCAACAUCAACGUGGCCGCCCUUCUAAGUCUGGCGGGCCUCGGGGCGCAGAGGACGGAGGUGAGUAUCGUGGCGGAUCCCUCUGCCACAAAAAACUCCCACAGGAUCGAGGCGCGGGGGCGGUUUGGCAGGAUGACGUUCCUCACAGAGAACGUCCCCGACCAGGACAACCCCAAGACCAGCCGUCUGGCCGCCCUGUCUGCAGUCGAGAUGCUGCGCAGGAUAUGCUCCGAAGGAAUCAGGGUGGGAACGUAG